UUUUUUUUCGCCGGAUGUGUGGAAGCAACUUGAUUUCCCUUGCAAAAUAGCUCCGUUUGUUAGCUACCCCUGGUGGCUAUUUGGGGUAUUGCACGCAACAACAAAAACUUUCCUAGGGAGCCUGUUCUCUUGUAUUGAGGUCGUUGCUGCAAAUGAGAACGUGUUCUCAGUCAACUUACCUGGUAAAAUAACGGAUAAAUAGAGAAGCUAAGGGUAAAGGCAAUCAGUCUCUUCUUCUGGACUGUGACACCUCAGUGAGAAAAAGUCAAACCUGCUUCCCUGGUAAUGCUGUUGGACUCACCUACUCAGAACUACCCACCAAAAAAGGACCAAGCAGCGUGGUAACAAGGAGCAGAGGGUUCUGGACUCCUGGACUUGGGAGGAGAUACUAGACAGUAAGGGACCCUGGAGUCAGGCUGGGGAAUAUCGCCGCCCCAAAGAAGAACUGGAGGCAGCGAAAGCUGAGUGGCGGCGAUAUGAGGUAAGGCAGCACAACAGGCACGAGAGGCAGCGAUAGGCGAUAGACCUGAACCAACUCCCGUGCUUACCGGGAGAGGCGUAGUACUGGUCAGGCACCGUGUUAUGCGAUCAAGCGCACGGUGUCGCCAGUACGCGCUCAUAGCUCGGAGCGCUAUUGGCCAGCCCCCGCAAGUGCCAUGCGAGAGUGGGCAUCCAGCCAGGGCGUGUUGUGCCAACUCAGCAUGUUUGGUCUCCGAUACGCCAUUUCGUCCCAGGGUAUCCUGCGAUGGCGCUGCGUGCUGUGUCUCCAGGGCGCUGGGAGGGUGCAGUUCACCUGCACUCUGGAGGGUCCGGGCUAAAGUGGUCAUCCAGCCUGGAGGAGUGGUGCCAAGGCUGCGCACCAGAGCUCCAGUGCUCCCCCAUAGCCCGGUCCAUCCGGUGCCUCCUCCACGCACCAGGCCUCCUGUAGGUCUCCCCAGCCUGGUGGGUCCUGUGGCAGCCCCACGCACCGGGCUGUCUCUCCGUCUCCUCCCUCCAGGUUCUCCCGCCUGUCCGGCUCCUCCAGAGUCUCCCUCUUGUCCGAAGCCACCAGAGCCGCCUGUCAGUCAGGAGUCACCAGAGCCGCCCGUCAGUCAGGAGCCACCCGUCAGUCAGGAGCCGCCAGAGCCGCCCGUCAGUCAGGAGCGGCCAGAGCCGCCCGUCAGUCAGGAGCCACCCGUCAGUCAGGAGCCGCCAGAGCCGCCCGUCAGUCAGGAGCGGCCAGAGCCACCCGUCAGUCAGGAGCCACCCGUCAGUCAGGAGCCGCCAGAGUCACCCGUCAGUCAGGAGCCACCCGUCAGUCAGGAGCCGCCAGAGCCGCCCGUCAGUCAGGAGCGGCCAGAGCCGCCCGUCAGUCAGGAGCCACCCGUCAGUCAGGAGCCGCCAGAGCCGCCCGUCAGUCAGGAGCCGCCAGAGUCACCCGUCAGUCAGGAGCCACCCGUCAGUCAGGAGCUGCCAGAGCCGCCCGUCACUCCGGAGCGGCCAGAGCCGCCCUUCACUCUGGCGUGUAGCCAGAGUCUCCCGCCUGUCCGGCACUGCCAGAGUCUCCCGCCUGUCCAGCUAUAAGGGUCCCCAGUCCGGGGUCGGUCCAAAGGCGCCACCUAAGUGGGCCAAGACUAAGGUGGAGUGGGGUCUGGGUGGGACAGAUGCCCACCCAGACCCUCUCCUAUGGGUUUAGGUUUUGCGGCCGGAAUCCGCACCUUUUCGGGGGGGGUACUGUCACGUCCUGACCUUAGUUCCUUUUUUAUGUCUCUAUUUUAUUUUGGUCAACGAGUGAGUUGGGGUGGGCAUUCUAUGUUUUCUAUUUCUAUGUGUUUGGCCUGGUUCCCAAUCAGAGGCAGCUGGCAAUCGUUGUCUCUGAUUGAGAACCAUACUUAGGUAGCCUGUUCCCACCUGGUGUUUGUGGGUAGUUGUUUUCUGUUUUGUGUAUUGCACCUUGCAGAUCUGUUCGUUUGUCGUUUUUUGUUCAAGUAUUCGUAUUGAUUAAAAGGUAUUAUGAAUACUUACCACGCUGCACCUUGGUCUUCUCCUUCUCCCGACGACAUUCGUUACACACUCAUCAUUCAUGAUUAUCUGUAAUCAUGGUAGCAUCCAUAUUAAUGUAGAAGUGUUUCGAAUCAUAUUCUAUUUUUUUUACAAUAAAAGUGGCUCCAAAAUUACACAAUAAUCUGAAACACAACCAAAACCUAACUGCAAAUGAAUCGAAUACAUUUGUAGAGUUACAAGCUUGAUGUAGUCAUUGCAUGCUGGGAAUAUGGGACCAAAUACUAAACUUUUGACAACAUUAAUACACAAGUGAAUUUGACCAAAUACUUUUGGUUCCCUAAAAGUGGACUAUGUGCAAAAAGUGCUGUAAUUUCUAAACGGUUCAACCGAUAUGAAUGACAAUACCCUCAAAAUUAAAGCUCAGUGUGCACUUUAACCUCGUAGUCAUUGUAUUAUUUAGAAGUGCUGGAGCACAGAGCCUAAACAACCAAAAAUGUGUCAAUGUCCAAAAAACGUUUGGACUUCGCUGUAGGGGUGUUUUGUUAGUGAGAAUACAGUGGGGCAAAAAAGUAUUUAGUCAGCCACCAAUUGUGCAAGUUCUCCCACUUAAAAAGAUUAGAGAGGCCUGUAAAUUUUCAUCAUAGGUACACUUCAACUAUGACAGACAAAAUGAGACAAAAACAUCCAGAAAAUCACAUUGUAGGAUUUUUAAUGAAUUUAUUAGCAAAUUAUCAUACCCUGACUCCAACAUAACCCAGACUCAGCCAGCUGUCAAUCACUCUGCUGCCUUCCUCUUUCUCACUGCAGAUGACUCCCACCAAGGGAACUACAGCUGUGUUUAUGAGAUUUAUGUUUUUUCUCAUAACUUCUCCUCCGAGAGUGAUCUCCUCUCCCUCACUGUCACAGGUAACUGAACAUGAACCAUACUUGGAACUUUGACAUUAACAGAUUUUCCAUGAAUGAAUCUGAUGCUUGGCAAUCCACUAAUUAAAUGUGUUUCUGCAGCCUAGGUGCCUAGCAGCCUAGGUGACAGACUAGGGUGAAGUUGACUGAAAAGUCUAAGUGUAGUCCAUGGGUCAUCCAACUCUGACCUCACCCCAUUGAAGUUGAAAUGUAAAAUGUUUGAAAUGCAGUUGAAGUCAUUUCAAAUGUAUAAAGGUUAGGGUUAAGGUUAGGAUAAUGGUUAGGGUAGGGUUUAGGGUAGGGUAAGCGUCCCAAGAUUCCCCGAUAGCACGAACUAAAGUUGACCGUAGAGACGCUGAACUUAGGUCCGUUUUUUGUUUUCCAGAUACCAUGGGACUGGUGUAGACCUGAUGGGAUUUGAAUCCAAACCCAAUUAAAUGAAAUGAGUGUUAAGUUUCUAUUGGUUGUGCUAUGGCUGCACUUCAUUGCUCUUUAUUUUAUUAUUAUCAUCAUGUUUUAACGGCAUUAUGUGAUUCUUCUCAUGUUAUUUCAUAAACAAAUGCUCACUACAGUACUAUUAUUGUUUGCCUAGAGAGUGCUAUUGGUGCAAUGUAGAAUAACACAUUUCAUAAAUAAAGGUUUUGUGUCACUCCAA